GGAGAUCCACAGCAGGUUUGUCCUUGCGCCUAGCCCUUUGAUUCUUCCUAGCUCUGUGCCUGACUCCGGACUCCUGUAAAACAUUUAGUUUCUUCUUAUUUUCCCUAACAUUUUCGCACCACCAUCUCACUCAGAGCCCAGGGUUAGGAGGUGUGGAUUCACGCUAUCAUAUCCCAAAUCUCACUAAUCAAAAAAUACAAGCGUCUUCCCACCUGUAUUUAAGUACCGCCAUUUGUUUUGUUUUUCUCUCUGCUACUAAUCUUCCUCUGUAUCUGUACAUUCUGAUCUCAAAAAGAAUACCCAGAAAGAAAGGAACCCAGGUUGUCUUUUUAUUCUUUGGGUUUGUGUAGAUUUGUAAGGAUUAAAGGUUGUUUUUCUCGUUUUGUUUAAAGAUCACAAAAACAAGAAGGGGAUUUGUUUUUUGUGUGUUUGAUUUGUAAGUAAAAGAACCAAAAAAUGGAUAAGAAGAGGAUUGCGGUCCCACUUGUAUGCCAUGGCCAUUCACGUCCCGUCGUGGAUCUCUUUUACAGCCCUGUUACUCCAGAUGGCUUUUUUCUCAUUAGUGCCAGCAAAGAUUCCAGUCCCAUGCUGAGGAAUGGAGAGACUGGAGAUUGGAUAGGAACGUUUGAAGGACAUAAGGGAGCGGUGUGGAGUGUUUGCUUGGAUACAAAUGCUUUACGUGCCGCUUCCGGUUCUGCUGACUUUACUGCGAAAGUAUGGGAUGCACUAACAGGUGAUGAAUUGCACUCAUUUGAGCACAAGCAUAUAGUUCGAGCCUGUGCUUUUUCAGAGGAUACACACCUUCUAUUGACUGGGGGAAUAGAGAAAGUCCUCCGUAUUUAUGAUUUGAAUCGUCCAGAUGCACCUCCAAGAGAAGUGGACAAAUCUCCUGGUUCAGUCAGAACUGUUGCAUGGAUGCAUAGUGAUCAGACAAUAUUAAGUUCUUGCACUGAUAUGGGGGCUGUCAGAUUAUGGGAUGUAAGGAGUGGUAAAAUAGUUCAAACACUAGAGACCAAGUCAUCUGUGACCAGUGCUGAAGUGAGUCAAGAUGGUCGAUAUAUCACAACUGCAGAUGGAUCUACGGUUAAGUUCUGGGAUGCAAACCACUUUGGGUUGGUAAAGAGCCACAACAUGCCAUGCACGGUUGAAUCAGCUUCACUGGAACCAAAGUAUGGAAAUAAAUUCGUUGCCGGAGGGGAAGACAUGUGGGUUCGUGUUUUUGAUUUCCACACUGGGGAUGAGAUAGCAUGCAAUAAGGGUCACCAUGGUCCUGUACAUUGUGUGCGGUUCUCACCAGGAGGGGAAUCUUAUGCCUCAGGAUCUGAGGAUGGAACCAUUAGAAUAUGGCAGACAGGCCCUUUGACUCAUGACGACGCUGAAUCGAUGGCAGCAAAUGGGUCAGUUGGAAAGGUGAAGGUAUCUGCAGAAGAGGUUUCACACAAGAUUGAGGGUUUCCACAUUGCAGAAGAGGUGAAGACCAAAGAAAAAGAAGCAGGGAAUGAGUAACGUGGGGGAUGGUUUCGAGCUGUCUCUGCAGGCAUAACCGCAUCAAGCCAAGAUCUUCUAGAUAGUUUUCUUUGUCAGAGGUAGAUAGACUAGCCUCUUUUUUUUUUUUGUAUAAUUUCUAGUCUUGGUGCAUUUAAUAUAUGUAGACUAGACCAAAAAUGUUUUGUCAAAGUUUUAGUGGCAUCUAAACUUUAUGGUGCUCUCUCUGCAUUCUGUGCGUACUGGUAUUACUACAUACUAAAGAAGGGUUCAAUCACAUAACAGUGUCACCUCUCUUUGAUGGUAAUAUUCGUACAACAGUGCAGUCUUUUUUUUUUUUUCCUUUUUUGGUUGUCUCUUCUACUUUUUAUGGAUUAUAAUUUUUUCUCUAUAAUGCUUUGAAUUUGUGUUAUUUUCUUUUA